CCCCGGGCAAACACGGCGGGGCCGAGGGGCAGCGCGGGGGGGCCCUGUCCCCUCCGUGUCCCCUCCGUGUCCCCUCCGUGUCCCCAGGGCCGGGGGCCCCGCGGGCCGAAGGUUGUCACCCGCGGUGUCACCGACCCUCGGCCCCCGGCGGGGGGACAGUGGGGACACCCCGGGCAAAGGGCGGCGGUGGCGCUGGCCACAAAAGAGGUGUUCCCGCCGCAGCUGGAGGGGGUGAAGCUGAUCGUCACCAAGACCCUGAGCAGCCACUUCCAGGUGACACACACGGUGCACAUGAGCACCCUGGGCCCCUCGGGCUACCGCUUCAACGCCACCUUCGUGGGGGACCGCCAGCUGGGGCCCGCCGAGGUGUUCCCCACGCUGCUCGGGGACAUGGACAGCUCGGGCAGCCUCAACGCCCAGGCCGUGCAGCUGCUGGGCGAGCGCCUCCGCGCCAAGGCCGUGUUCCAGACGCACCAGGCCAAGUUCGUGACGUGGCAGUUCGACGGCGAGUACCGCGGCGAGGACUGCACGGCCACGCUCACGCUGGGCAACCCCGACCUGCUGGGCGGCUCCGUGAUCGUGGUGGCACAUUUCCUGCAGAGCGUCACCGCCCGCCUGGUGCUCGGCGGGGAGCUCGUGUACCACCGGCGGCCCGGCGAGGAGGGAGCCAUCCUCACCCUGGCCGGGAAGUACUCGGCCCCGAACUGGGUGACAACGCUCAACGUGGGCUACGGCGGCGCCCACGCCAGCUACUACCACCGUGCCAACGAGCAGGUGCAGGUGGGGGUGGAGCUGGAGGCCAACACGCGGCUGCAGGAGAGCAGCUUCGCCUUCGGCUACCAGCUCAGCCUGCCGCGGGCCAACGUCGUCUUCAGAGGGCUCCUGGACAGCAAUUGGAGCGUGGGAGGGGUCCUGGAGAAGAAGCUGCCCCCCCUGCCCGUGACGCUGGCGCUGGGCGCCUUCCUGAACCACUGGAGGAGCCGAUUCCACUGCGGCUUCAGCGUCACCGUGGGCUGAGGGACAGCACGGGGGACAGCACGGGGGACAGGACAGAGGGACAGGACAGCAGGGACAGGACAGGGGACAGGACAGCACAGGGGACAGCACGGCGGACAGGACAG